AUGACGAUAAAGAAGCUUCAAAAAUCGUCUUCCAGUCCUUCUACACCCUUCAAGCUUCCUCCAUUACCUAUUACGACACCCCAAACUGCACAUGCUAUUUGUCGUCUUUGUAAAGCAUCUCCUUCUCUUCAAAAAGCCAUAAUUCUUGAACGAGCGGUAUUACGAUUGGCAGCCAAAUUUGAGAUACAAAGUCAUGAAAACAGAGGUCUACGAGCAGCAAUUGUCCAGGAAAAGAAGCGCAGACGUCGUGGCAAACGUCUAAAUCUAUUAGGUAAGGAGGCAACUAGUGAGGCUCAAUUUUUUAGUCCAACAAAGGUCAUUACUGCUAGGGCCUAUCAAGAGAGCAAGGAAGCAGCCGAGGCAGAAGAAAAGCGACAAAAGGCUGUACGCAAGGAAGAAGCUGCUCUCAAACGACAGCAAUUACAAGCGGAGAAGCAGGAAGCUGUUCUACAGCGUCAGUUGCGGCAGGAAGCUCGUCAGGAGGCAAAAGCGGCGGAAAAGGUGCAGAAAGCGGCAGAAAGAGAGGAAAAGCGUCGUCAAAAAGAACAGGAUAAACAGCAGAAAGCUCUAGCAGCACAGAAACGUAAAAAAGAGCAGGAAUUACGCAAGAACGUCGCUGUCGCUGUCAAAACCGCUGCAGAAUCAAAAUCACGUGUCAGGAGAGUGUCAAUUGGCCCGCCAAAACCACGCAAAACGUCUACAAAACGCUCCAAAAAGACUGUUAAUUCAAUAACAGCCUCUCAAGGAAGCCCCCCGCGCCCAAUUGAAGCAGCUCCUUCAACUGCUGUUGACACUGCCAACGUCGCUGUCGCGGAGGCGCUAAUUGUGAAUAGACGCGGUCGGGUGGUCGCCCUGCCACAGCGCUUCAGAGAAUAG